GGGAGCGCGGGGAGGCCCCCGGCAGAGGCGAGGCCAUGUCAGACCUGGGAUCCGAGGAGUUGGAGGAGGAGGGAGAGAAUGACCUUGGGGAAUACGAGGGAGCACGGAACGAGAAUGGGGAGCGGCACGGGCACGGGAAGGCCAGGCUGCCCAACGGGGACGUGUACGAAGGGAACUAUGAGUUCGGCAAGAGACACGGACAGGGGAUCUACAAGUUUAAGAGUGGGGCCCGAUACAUCGGGGAAUAUUUCAGGAACAAAAAGCAUGGCCAAGGCACCUUCAUCUACCCAGAUGGGUCACGGUAUGAAGGGGAGUGGGCUAACGACCAGCGGCAUGGCCAUGGUGUGUAUUUCUACGUCAACAACGACACCUACACUGGGGAGUGGCUCAACCACCAAAGGCACGGGCAGGGCACCUAUUACUACGCUGAGACGGGCAGCAAGUAUGUGGGGUCCUGGGUGCAUGGGCAGCAGGAGGGGCCGGCAGAGCUCGUGCACCUCAACCACAGGUUCCAGGGAAAGUUCCUCAACAAGAACCCUGUGGGCCCCGGGAAGUACGUGUUCGACAUGGGCUGUGAGCAGCACGGGGAGUACCGCCUGACUGACGUGGAGAGGGGAGAAGACGAAGAGGAGGAAGAGGCACUGAUGACCUUUGUGCCUAAGUGGAAAGCCACCAAGAUCACCGAGCUGGCCCUGUGGACACCGACGCUCCCCGAGGACAAGAUGUCUGAGGAAAAGAGUGGCCAGGAGGAGACGGAGCUAGAGGCAGGCACCACUGAGCUUCCCGAGCCCUCAGGGGACUUUUCCGAUGACGCGGAGACAGAGUCCAAGGCCGGCGAGGAUGAGGAGAUCAGAGACGACUAUGGGGCCAGCGAACUCCUCGAAGACAACUUAGACUUGGGGAAUUCUGCUUUGGAGGAAGAGGAACCCAGGCAGGCCGACCUGACCGAGUGAGCCGGAGCUGAAAGAGGGGCAGGACCCCAGCGAGGCAGUGGGGACCCACUUCCAGCUGCCACAUUGGGUCCCUGAAGCCCUGCACAGAUCUAUAAAGGAGUCUCAGCUGUG